AUGACUAACUUCGCCCUCGACGAAGUUAGCCUCCUAAUACCCUCGAACCUCGUUGAUGGGAAAAGAUCAUGUCACGCGGUGCCGCGUGACAAAAACCUAGGGAUUAUUAGUCACAACAACCCCGCCUGGCGGAGAACUACAGCGAAGUCAGGAGAAGGAAACCAAGGGAGGCAGAGCAGAGUAGAGGAAGUUAGGCAAACAGUUCAACGCACCACAGCGAAGUUAGCCGCAGUUCAUCAACAAUCACCUUAUUGUUUACCACUUGACAUAUCACUUUGGCGUAACGACAUAGUUAGCCAAGGUUUGUUGACCGUUGGUCAGGAGAGAAGAAGAAACGACGUUUGUGACACCCCUCCGGAGUGGCACGGGUUGAAGGCACCCCAUUGGACCCAGCUGGAGAACCGUGCAGCUCGGGAGGUGUCCGUCUCCGGCUGGGUCCCUAACAAUGCCACCGGGAGAAAGGCUGUGACUGUGACUAUGACAGUCUCGCAAAUUGGGAGACAAGGGGAAGAUAUGCAAGGAGUAGCGGACUGA